UGGACGACGAUGAUGGCUCGCGCACUUCUUCUCUGAUGUGGUCGUCGCUGCCUUCCUUGUUUCGUCCCUGUCGUCGCUCUCGUCUCCAGCCUGCAGUGCAGUGCCGCUUCUGCUCUACUAGUAUAUAUAUACCCUCCCCUCCACCUGCGCCGCCCACCUUCCUCCCACCGCCUGCUUGCUUUCCUCCUGCCUGCCUGCCUGCCUUGUAACCGCCCAGAUCUCCGGCAUCCACAAAGCCGAAGCCGAAGCCGUGACUUCGAUCGGAUCGAUCCCCCCCGCGGGCAGCGAGAGCCAUGGCGUUCGAUGCCUUCACCGACAAGAACGCCGUCUUCCGCCGCCUCAAGGCCAAGCCAGAGAACAAGAUGUGCUUCGACUGCAGCGCCAAGAACCCCACCUGGGCCUCCGUCACCUACGGCAUCUUCCUCUGCCUCGACUGCUCCGCCGUCCACCGCAGCCUCGGCGUACACAUCACCUUCGUCAGGUCAACAAACCUAGAUUCGUGGACCCCGGAUCAGCUGAAGAUGAUGGCAUUUGGAGGCAACAGUCGGGCACAUGCUUUCUUCAAACAGCAUGGAUGGACUGAUGGUAGCAAAGGCGAGGCAAAGUAUACAUCAAGAGCUGCUGAACUGUACAGGCAAAUACUUUCAAAGGAGGUCGCUAAGAGCUCCGCUAGUGAUAAUGCCUUGCCAUCAUCACCCGUCGCAACUCCUGAGCCAUCGAAUCCAUCCAAUGACUUCCCUGAAUUCAAGCUCUCGGAUGCACCAGUAGAGAAUAUGAAUGGGAAUCAGGAACCUAAUUCACCCAAAGCACCUCCCCGCUCGCCAAAAGCCCCUACCCAUCCCACUUUUGUCAGUUCUGUAAAGAAGCCCAUUGGCGCAAAGAAGGUUGGAGGCAAGACUGGAGGGCUUGGUGUUCGAAAGCUUACUACAAAGCCAAAUGAAAGCCUGUAUGAGCAGAAACCAGAAGAGCCAAAACCUGCUGUGCCUGCAUUGACCAUGUCAACUACAAAAAGUGGUCCAUCCUUGCAUUCACGUUUUGAGUACAUGGAGAAUGAGCCAUCAGCUGAUUCAAGAACCGGAGGAUCUCAUAUGACUGGCCAUGUAGCACCACCAAAAUCAUCAGACUUCUUUCAAGAGUAUGGGAUGGGUAAUGGGUUCCAAAAGAAAUCCAGCACAGCUACCUCAAAAACUCAGAUUCAGGAAACUGACGAAGCAAGGAAAAAAUUCUCUAAUGCAAAGGCGAUUUCAUCAUCUCAAUUUUUUGGUACUCAAAACAGAGAAGAGAAAGAGGCUCAACUAUCCCUUCAAAAAUUUGCGGGUUCUUCCUCCAUUUCGAGUUCUGAUCUUUUUGGUCGUGACGUGGACAAUUCUAAUCUGGACAUAAGUGCUUCAGAUCUCAUCAACAGAAUAUCUUUCCAGGCUUCCCAGGAUCUGUCUUCACUCAAGGACAUAGCUGGAGAGACUGGAAAGAAGCUGACAUCUUUGGCCUCCAAUUUCAUCAGCGACCUUGACAGAAUCCUUUGAGCAUUUUUCCUACCUGCACCAGAAUACUGCUCCAAGUUCCGACUGCGGUGCAUCUAGGACCAUUCCAUGCAUUUCUUGCACAGCUCUGUAGAGGAUAGUAGAGGAUUCUUAUUAUGACUUUGUAUUUUGACCAUUGUUUCGACCUGUGCACAUGAAGAUAUUUUCAUUUGUUCCUUCACAACGGUGAAGCAUACGCUUAUAUACAUUCAGGUUGCUUGUAUCUUUGGAAGUAAAGUCUUACUGUCCUGUGCCUGUGGUAAAUGAAACCGAACCGGAUGUUUUCA